AUGGCGCUGCAGGCCGGCGUCCUGCUCUGGAAACUUCUGCUGCUGCAGAGCUCCGCGGUGCUGUGCGCCGGGCCGGCGGCGGGGCCCGCGGCGGGCGGCGCGGUGGUGGCGGAGGCCGCGGUGAGCGGGCCGGCGGGCGGCCGCGCCGAGCUGCGCUGCCAGAGCCCCCGGAUGGUGUGGACGCAGGACCGGCUGCGCGACCGGCAGCGCGUGCUGCACUGGGACCUGCGCGGCCCCGCCGGCCCCGCGCGCCGCCUGGUGGACCUGUUCUCGGCCGGCGAGCAGCGCGUGUACGAGCCGCGCGACCGGGGCCGCCUGCUGCUGCCGCCCGCCGCCUUCCUGGACGGCAACUUCUCGCUGCUCAUCCGGGCGGUGGAGGAGGCGGACGCCGGGCUGUACACCUGCAACCUGCACCACCAUUACUGCCACCUGGACGAGAACCUGGCCGUCCAGCUGGAGGUCACCGACGACCCCCGGGCCGCCGGCGCGCACUGGGACGGCGAGAAGGAGGUGCUGGUGGCGGCGCGCGGGGCGCCCGCGCUGCUGACCUGCGUGAACCGCGCGGCCGUGUGGACGGACCGGCAGCCGCUGGAGGAGGCGCAGCAGGUGGCGCAUUGGGACCGGCAGCCGCCGGGCGUCCCGCACGACCGCGCCGACCGCCUGCUCGACCUGUACGCGUCCGGCGAGCGCCGCGCCUACGGGCCGCCCGUGCUGCGCGACCGCGUGUCCGUGCGCGCCGACGCCUUCGCGCGCGGCGACUUCUCGCUGCGCAUCGAGCCGCUGGAGCCGGCGGACGAGGGCACCUACUCCUGCCACCUGCACCACCACUACUGCGGCCUGCACGAGCGCCGCGUCUUCCGCCUGACGGUCACCGCGCCCGCCCCGCCGCCGCCGCCGCCGCCGCCCCCGGGCAACGGCUCCCGCCCCGGCGGCGCCCCGGCCCCAGACCCCACGCUGGCACGCGGCCGUAGCGUCAUCAACGUGAUCGUGCCCGAGGGCCGCGCGCUCUUCUUCCAGCAGCUGGGCUACGUGCUGGCCGCGCUCCUGCUCUUCCUGCUGCUGCUGCUCACGGUGGUGCUGGCCACGCGGCAGCGCCGGCGCGGGGGUUACGACUACUCGGACCAGAGGCCUCGGAGGGCCAGGGGGAAGGACGUGAACUUGUCGGAGUUUCCUGUGGCCACAGGGGACCAGGCCUUCUGCAGGAGCGAGGACUUCCCGCUGGAUUACAAAAACAACCUCCUGAAGGAGCGGGCUGCGCUGGCGCAGUGCCCCCCGCCCGCCAAGCACAUCGACCUGGACAAAGAGUUCCGGAAGGAGUACUGCAAGUGA